UAUAGUCUCGUUGCUUGAUCUCUUUGAGGAUGGCGGCUGCUCUGGCCUUGCGUCUGCCCUCGUUGUGGACGGUAUGGACGUUUCGGGGCACAGGGGCCACUUCGAACUUGUCUCGAAUGCACCUAGGCAUCGGGGUACUGACCAUCGGGAAUCCCGCAGGGUGGUAACCCAGCUCUUCGAGGAUCUCUUAUCUUAGCGGCGCUUUCUUUAACGCCUUAAAGAGCGGCGCUUGGACUGGUUCAUUGCCAACGUUUUUAGAUUUUUCACGUUCAUUGCUAAUAACCUUUUCCUCCCGCUUUGUGGCCCGCGCCACGGACGCCCCCUGCUGUUCGGCCGUGACGCGUGGGACACGCGCCAGAAAUUGAGACGAAGAAGAGGGACAAUGAUGGCGGCGACCGGUGUGACAGGGCCUCGAGGGGAGCCGUCUGUCGUCAACGGCAGCCUGGACACCGUCAUCGGGUCUGACCUGGAUGGGGACCCGCUCUGGACGGCCAGGCUUCUGGCGACCAGGCCAGACGACAUCGUCAAGGCUUACCAGGACUACCUAAGCGUCGGCUGCAACGUGCUGACGACUUGUACUCUGCGAGCGAGCGUCCAGGCGCUGCAGGAGCACCUGUCCGUCAGCGUCUCCGAGGCCGAAGACCUCAUCGCCUCCAGCGUCAGACUGGCGCGUCGGAGCGCGCUCGACAUGCCCCGCACACUUGGCGCCGAUGACCGAACGCAUAAAAAUAAAGCGCCGCCGCGCAUCUCCGAGUCCAGCGCUGGCAGCGCCUCGGCGGUGCGCGUCGCCGGCUCGGUGGGUCCGUACGGCGCGUACCUGUACGACGGCUCCGAGUACAACGGCAGCUACGCGGACCGGCUGUCGUGCGACGAGCUGCUCGACUGGCACCGGCCCCGCGUGCGGUGUCUGGUGCGCGCCGGCGGCUGCGACCUGCUCGCCUUCGAGACGGUGCCCGCGCUGCGCGAGGCAUUGGCCCUGGUCCGGCUGCUGCGCGAGUUCCCGGGGGCCAGGGCCUGGCUCAGCUUCAGCUGCCAGAACGAGCGGCUCACGGCCAAGGGCGAGAGCGUCGCCGACGCGGUGCGCGCCUGCCUCGCCGUGGACUCGGCGGGGCAGCUCGAAGCCAUCGGCGUCAACUGCUGCCAGGCAUGUUCGACCUGUGUGUGUGGACGCGCGCGUCCUUCCCGCAGGGCCGCGUCGACGAGUGCAAAGGGCUUUUCUGGCGUAUACGGUAUAGGACUGCUGGCCAGCUCGCGGUUUCGCUAUGUAGCAUCCUGUCCAUAG